AUGCUCGGAAUCGACUACCCAGACAGUGACGACGAGGACGUCGUGCCCGCGACCAAGCCAGAGUUGACCAACAUUCCUGCAGCUGUCGCGCCCACCCCAGCGCCUCUCUCCGCUCCCGCGCCUCUCGAACAGCCGCCUACAUCGUCGGGUCCGGUGAGCGGCCCUGCGCAAGGUCCGACAGUAUCGCCGCCUCCAGAGGACGAUGCCAACGCGAACGAAGCCGCGCCAGGUUCACCACACACAGCUACACGUGCCCUGAUUCAGAACCUUACUCUACCUACCGUACCGAACUUCGAUAUACCGCCUUCUCCGCCGGGAUCACCACCACAGAAAGCGACGAAGAAGUUUGCGCAAUUUCUAGAGCUCAAGAAGAAGGGCCAGCAUUUCAACCAGCGCCUGGAAGGCUCGUCCGUGCUACGCGAUCCGGGACACAUGCGGAAGCUGAUGGGCUUUGCGGGAAUCAGCGAAGAGGACGCAUAUGCAUCUACACUGCCACAAGAUGUCGCGAUACCGGCAGUCUUCCCGGAGUGGGCCUAUGUCGAGGAAUUGAGGGCUUCACAGAAGCGCAUCGCAAAGACCAAAGACCAAGAGAAAUCCAAGGCACCGAGAGAAGCUCUCGAGUUUGUGUCCGCGUCCAAGACUGGCGCGUCGAGUGGAACGGGCACGGCGUCAAGCUCUGCUACGGGAAAGCGCAAGGAAUUGGAACAUAGAGGAAAGGACGAUCAGGGCACAAAGAGCAAAGUCAAGGUCGCCGAAGAGGAGACGAUCAAGGUCGAGAGAGAGAAGCACCAACAAACAGAAGCGUCGCAACAGCCCACCCCCCUUCCGAUACCGACUGUACCUCUGCAACCCCGCCCAAAUCCGCCUCUCCAAAACUCGACGAUGGCUGCCCUCUACACCGGUGCACCUCCGCAAGGCGGCCCAGGCUAUUCGUUCAAGCAGACCCCCACAACUGUCCCGUCAGGCGAGCGGCAACAUGGCUUCUACCCCUACACGGACAACGGUGGCUCAACACUGGGCAUCUCCGGCGCCGACUUCGCCAUCCUCGCAGGCGACACACGCUCGACUUCCGGCUACAACAUCAACACACGAUACGCACCCAAGCUCUUCAAGAUCGGCGGCGAGGGACCAGAGAACAAGGGUGCCAGGAUAGUGCUGUCAGUGGUCGGUUUCGCCGCCGACGGUGAUGCGCUGAAGGAGCGUCUCGACACCAUCGUCAAGAUGUACAAGUACCAGCACGGAAAGCCCAUGACCGUCUCCGCCUGCGCACAACGACUCAGCCACAUCCUCUACAACAAGCGCUUCUUCCCCUACUACGUACAUGCCAUCCUGGCUGGUCUGGACGAGGAGGGCAAGGGUGCGCUGUACUCCUACGACCCGGUCGGCAGCUACGAGAGGGAGCAGUGCAGGGCGGCUGGCGCUGCGGCAUCUCUCAUUAUGCCUUUCUUGGACAACCAGGUCAACUUCAAGAACAUGUACGAGCCAGGCAGCGGAACAGGCCACGAACUCAAGUCGAAGCAAGCACAACCGCUACCGCGGGAUCACGUCGAGGACCUGGUACGGGACGCCUUCACGAGCGCCGUGGAGAGGCACAUUGAGGUUGGUGAUGGCCUUCAGAUGAUGAUCAUUACAAACGAGGGCAUAGCCGAGACCUUCACACCCCUCAAGAGGGACUAA